CAGCAGAAACGGUCGUCGGAAGAUUCUGGCAUCGAAACCCAUCAACAUGACGCACUUCGCCACCCAUAUUCCGUCACAGAACUCCAUCACCCUCCAGUUAAAACCGACCAGCAAGAAAGUGAAGGAGGCCAGCCUGCACCUGACCCUUUCCUGCCUCUUCUUGAGGGAGGGCAAAGCCACUGACGAAGACAUGCAGAGUGUGGCGAGUCUGUGGAGCAUCGGCAAGAGUGACAUCGGGAACCUCGAUGACUUGGAUGAGGCGGACGAGGAACAGGAGGACGCCGACCUCAGCGCUCAGUUUAGCGAGGUCAGCGCUCAACUAAGCAUGCUGGGUCGCGACCCUGACGACAGCGCCAACCUAUCAGGCCAGUUGCGGGGAUCAACACCUUAUGAUCGUACGCUGAAUUCAACGAAUCCUUUUGACGAGCCUUCGAACCCAUUUGAGGAUUCGACCAAUCCCUUUGAGGAUUCUACGAACCCAUUUGAUGAACAGCCAAAUGAUGAAACCAACACGAACCCAUUUGAUGACCCGGCAGAAGCAUUUGUAUAUGAAGAUCUGAGCAGCUCAAGAGGUGGAGCCAGUCGGUCGAACCUCACAUUAAAAAACUCCAGCAUUAAUCGGGCCCCUGCAAAGUCCAAUCGAUCGGCGACUUUACCGGGGAAGUUGCGGACCAGUGUCGGUAAUGGCCAGUCAGGUAAGACCGAGGCCCUUGCUCCGAAGAAACCUUUGGGGUCAGUUGCUGAGAGGCCCCAUUACCAUGGCACUCCUCCGUCGACUCCCCCAGAAGAAAAACAGAGAGUCCGACCCAUUACGCCUCCUGUGAUAGAUCCCGCCAUGGGGAAGCCUUCCCCAAGAAAGUCACCAGUACGUCAGACGAAGGUGUCUCAGAAAGCAGAAACUGAUGAGAAGACGACCAGCAGCAGCAGCAGCGGUGGUAGCAAUUCCACGAAGGACUUACUGACCUGGUGUCAAAGCGUUACCGUCGGUUACCGAGGGGUCAAGGUAACAAACCUGACCACGUCCUGGCGCAAUGGUUUGGCCUUCUGUGCCAUCAUUCAUCAUUUCAGACCGGAUCUUCUAGAUUUUAGUUUACUUUCUCCGCAAGACAUAAAGACGAACUGCAAAGUGGCCUUCGACGCAGCAGCAACCCUCGGAAUUCCACGCCUGAUCGAACCCGCCGACAUGGUACUUCUCUCGGUCCCCGAUAAACUCUCCGUGAUGACGUACCUACACCAGCUGAGGGCUUACUUCUCCGGACAGAUGCUGGAAAUCCAGCAGAUUGGCACCGACACCAGCGAAAGCACCUACACGCUCGGUGCCCAAAUCGACGAAGAGGAAGAUCGCAAGAUUUCCGAAGAGAUGUACGGCAAAGAGAUCAACCGAGCGACGACCUCGCACAGCGCUUCUGACCUCAAGGACGAGGUCGCCGUCGACGACGAACUCCCGCCUCCCGGCAGCCGUUCUCCGUCUGUUAAAGAAGCAAUGCAGAUGUACGAAAGCCUCCAACUCACGCCGACAAUGGAAAAGCAUGCUCUGAGGCACCGCAGUAAAUCAAAGUCACCUGAAUGCCCUCCGAAAUCACACCACGAGGCAACCCCAGAAUCUAGGACAUCCCCCAGGGCAAGCAGCCCUAACUCAACAUUAUCCCCUAGGAAUAAACGCCCUGCGCCCCUCCCACCACAAACAUCAACAUCUGUGCCAAGAAAAUCCACCCCUUCUCCCGAGCCACAAAAGUCAGCGACCCCAAUCUCCCCGUCGUCGCUGUCGAGGGUCAGCCCUACGAAAUCUACUUUGCCUCAGUUACCUCCCUUGAAAAUUGCCCAUUCCAAAGGGAAAGCUCCGGAAAAACCCGUUUUGAUGACGAGAAAGCAGCUGAUGAACCCCUUCGAUUCCGAUGAUGAUGAGGAUAAUAAUAAUAACGAUGCUAGUGAUGAGACAGAGGAGGAGGCGAAGGAAGGCGUGGCUGUCAAACCGUCGUCCCCUGCCACCCCGACGCCUGCCCCUCGCAGCAGCAUGUCCAAAACGUCACCGUCGAAAUCCAGCACGAGAUAGCCAAUGGCUCUAUGAGAGAGCCCCGUGUGACCAGUCCCUAUGAUAAGGACCACAAUGACCAAGAGAAUGAGCAGCCCACGUCAUCAUCGCCCAACGAGUUGAGGGAGCAGCGGAGCAAGAGUGGUUCAUUAAGCCGAGAGGACUCAACAGAAGACAGCAGUGACCCUGUUACUGCCCAAAAGAAGACUGCAGCCAGGCGUGCGGAGCUGAAGCGAAGGGCCAAGUUACUAAUAGAGCGAGAGAAGGCAGCGGCCAUCUUGGCCAUUCGAGAGCGAAAAUCGACCCAGUCCUCACCAAACGCCACCACCACCACCAACCAGCACGUAUGCACUUGUUUGUCGUUCAGCCUAC